UCUAGCCGACAGCCGCCUCACCCGGUCCGGCCGUGCGCGCCUAGUCACGCCAGGCCCUCGGUGCCUCGUCUCCAGCCAGCAGCAAAGGGUGGUGGCGCUCUUCUUCCUGGUGCAGAGCUCCAGUUACACACUCAGAAAGUGGAGAGUUGCCUCUAAAGCAAGCCGUUCCUGAGCAAGGGGAGCCACAGAGAAAGAAAACAGCCCCGGCCUUCCUCGUAGCCCAGGCUGCAGACCUGGGCCCUCAGUGGCUGCCAGGGAUCAGAGAAAAAUGGAAAAGCCUGUGGGCAGAAAAAAGAAGACACAGGCCCUGAAGAAGGAAGUGGACGCGCAGAAGGACACUCACAGAGAAGAGAAAGUGUCUGGGGGAGGAAAGCCAAACAGGAGAUGCACUGCAGCCAGAAAGCACAGUGAAGAGCCGCGCCUAAGCCCUGAAGAUGAAGAACACAUCUUUGAUGCCUUUGAUGCUUCAUUUAAAGAUGACUUUGAGGGCAUCCCCGUGUUUGUUCCUUUUCAGAGGAGGAAGCCUUAUGAGUGCAGUGAAUGCGGGCGGGUCUUUAAACACAAGACAGAUCACAUUCGCCAUCAGAGAGUCCACACCGGAGAGAAGCCCUUCAAGUGCAAUCAGUGUGGGAAGACCUUCCGGCACAGCUCCGACGUCACUAAACAUCAGAGAAUUCACACUGGAGAGAAGCCCUUUAAAUGCGGGGAGUGCGGGAAAGCCUUUAACUGCGGUUCCAAUCUCCUGAAGCAUCAGAAGACACACACCGGAGAGAAGCCCUAUGAGUGUAAGGAAUGUGGGAAAGCCUUUGCCUACAGCUCCUGCCUCAUCCGACAUCGCAAGCGCCACCCACGGAAGAAGCACUGAGCGUGGGGAAGCUGCCUGAACCUUCCUGGUGGGCAUGCUC